AAUAAAACAUUCAUCUCUACUACAAUAACCAUUCACCAUCAUAAUCAUACACAAUGUCUUCUACUAUACAAAACAACACUUCUUUUAUCUUCCCAGAGACAAAUUCAUCUCGCAUCCCUGAUCCCUCCAAGUUCUUCUCCCCAAAUCUUCUAUCUACACCCCUCCCCACAAACUCUUUCUUCCAAAACUUUUCUCUCAGAGAGGGUGAAACACCUGAAUACAUCCAUCCUUACCUCAUCAGAUCAACAAACUCAUCACUUUCUUUUUCAUACCCAUCUCGCUAUUCCAAUUCUUCAUUCCUAUACCAGGAAGUCAAAGACGACGAUAUUGGUGUCACUGUAUCUACUAUACAGAAGAACUUGAGUCCACUUUAUGAUGGAAGACACGUAAUCACUUCUUAUAGUGAUCUUGGUGUUACCUUAGAUUAUCCUGCUACUAAUCUCAGUUUCUUUCUUGUUAGAGGAAGUCCAUAUUUGACUUUCUCUGUAACAAAACCAAGUCACCUUCUCAUUUCCACCAGUUAUGACAUUCGUUCAGUUACUUCAAAUUGGUCCCGUACAAAGUUCACCAUUCAGCAUAGCAAUAAUCAAACAUGGGUUUUAUACACUUCCUCACCAAUCAAGUUGAGUCAUGAAACUUUUAAGAUUACUUCUAAGGCCUUUUCUGGUAUAAUUCGGAUCGCUUUGUUGCCAAAUUCCGAUCCGAAAUACAAGGCUAUUCUUGAUAGGUUUAGUUCUUGUUACCCUUUAUCAGGUGAUGCUAAACUUAGUGAAACGUUUUGUCUUGAGUAUAAGUUUGAGAAGAAAGGUUCAGGUGAUUUGUUAUUGUUAGCACACCCUCUUCAUAUUCAACUUUUAUCUAAAAGUAAAAGUGAUGUAACUGUUUUGGAUGAUUUCAAGUAUCAAAGCAUUGAUGGAGACCUUGUUGGUGUUGUUGGUGAUUCAUGGAUUUUGAAAACCGAUCCGAUUUCUGUAACUUGGCAUUCAAGCAAAGGUAUAAAAGAAGAAUCACAUGAUGAAAUUGUUUCGUCGCUUUUAAAAGAUGUUGAAGGUUUAAAUUCAUCAGCAAUAACAUCAAUUACUUCAUCUUACUUCUAUGGACAAUUGAUUGCAAGAGCAGCAAGGUUAGCAUUGAUAGCUGAAGAAUUUUUUUUCGUUGACGCUAUUCAAAAAGUCAGAAGCUUUUUGAAGGAAACAAUUGAACCAUGGCUUGAUGGAACUUUUAACGGAAAUGGAUUUCUGUAUGACAAAAAAUGGGGAGGAAUUAUUACACAGGAGGAAGGUGCUUUCGUUUUUAGUAGUGAUUUGGGAGACGGAGCGUAUAAUGAUCAUCAUUAUCAAUUAGGAUAUUUUCUUUAUGGAAUUGCAGUGCUUGUUAAGAUUGAUCCAGCAUGGGGUAGGAAGUAUAAGAAACAAUCCUAUUCACUUAUGGAAGACUUUAUGAACUUAAGUUUAAAAUCGAACUCAAAUUAUACGCGUUUAAGGUUUUUCGAUCUUUACAUGUUACAUUCGUGGGCCGUAGGGCUAACCAACUCUGAACAUGGAAGGUAUCAAGAGAGUACUAGUGAAGCUGUGAAUGCAUACUAUGCUGCAGCCUUAAUGGGAAUGGCAUAUGGUGAUCCUCAACUUGUGUCAAUUGCAUCAACACUAACAUCAUUGGAAAUUCUUGGAACCAAAAUGUGGUGGCAUGUUAAAAAGAAUGGGAAAUUGUAUGAUGAAGAGUUUACAAAAGAGAAUAGGAUAGUGGGAAUUUUGAGGUCUAAUAAGAGAGAGAGUAGUGUUUGGACUGCACCAUGUCCGUUUCGUGAGUGUGAAAGUAUGCUUGGUGUUCAUGUUUUACCAUUGUGUCCAAUUUCUGAAGUUUUAUUUUCUGAUGUUGAUUAUGUGAAAGAACUUGUUGAGUGGGCAUUGCCUCCUUUCAAAACGUUAGGUGCUGAAAACAGAUGGACGGGAUUUCGGUAUGCAUUGGAAGGAAUUUAUGAUAAUGAAAGUGCAUUGAAGAAGAUAAGAAGCUUGAAUGGUUUUGAUGGUGGAAACUCUUUGACUAAUCUUUUGUGGUGGAUUCAUAGUAGAGGUGAAGGUGGUGACGAUGAAUAAGAAAUAUUUGGUUACCUACCAUUUUAGUUUUUACUGCUAAAAUGAGAGUAAAUUUGUUAUCAUAAUUUCAUUUCAUGUAUUGUAUCAUGAUUGCUUUCAUUUCAUGUAUUGUAUCAUAAUUUCAUUUCAUAGAUUCCUUGUAUGAAUUAAAAAUAGUUGUGUGCUGUGACUUUUGUAUUCAAUUCACAUUGCCAGAUUGUCUUGCUUUAUUCCCAUUUUGUAUACCUUGCAAAAUAAUAUAGUAUUUGUAUUUAAUGCAA